AUACCCGGAAUCGUCAUUGGUUGUGAAGAGAGACUAAAAUAUAACUUCCGUUUGCUCACAUCAAUUCAACUGCUUAAAAGUAUCCCUUUUGUGGGCAUAUCCUAUAUCUGGUCGAAAAAAAAAUGAACAGAAUUCAUAAAAAUAUUUUUUUUGGCAUUAUAUCCGUGGGUAUACUUUUAGCAUUGUUUUCGGAGCGUGCAGAAGCACGUCCUGCUUAUGUAGACGUUGACAAUGUUUACGAGACGUUGCGCUACUUGGAAGAAUUGGACAGAUUAUAUUCUCAAAAAGCCAGACCCAGGUUUGGAAGAAGCGUCGAUAAAUAUCAAAGCAUGUUUCCGAAGUUUCCUUAUGAAAAUGGAAAGAAUGAGAUGAAACCAUCAUUCCGACGGUGAAGAUGUUCUAUCUGCUGUUUAUAUCCCAGCAAUGUAUUUCUUUCCCCUCUUUAUUUAAAGAAAAUUACCCUAUUUUAUCCUCAUUCAUUGAUAUAAGUAGAUUAAGUAUAAAUGUGAUGAAAUAAUACACCAGCUUUAAUGUGAAAGAAAGUGAAUAUGUAAUCAUUUUAAUUAUCACUUUAAGUAAUAAAACCGAAGUGUAUCGAUCAUGAGACGUUUUAAUCAUUAAAGUUUUCUUACAGA